AUGUCUCCUGCAUCGAACGAUACAAUCGACACAACUGAAUUAUUCCUCCCGGAAACACCAAGAAUUGUGAAGCCAUGGCAAGAAGAAGUCACCACGGAUUUCCGUUCUCAGAUAAUUGCCGAAUAUGUGAAAAAGGACUGCCCGGUAAUUGAUUCAACAAAACUGGCAGAAAUUAAAAUAUUUGCCAGACAAGCACGGGAAAUGGAACGAGCAAUGUUUGAACAUGCCAAUGAUCGAGUAUGGGCAUUUUGUGUUUCGCACUGUUGCUCUUCUCUCAUCACAGCUCUUAGCUGUCGAAGUGAGCAAAAAAGUGCAAAGUGA